AAUGCACUUGUGUCUUCUGGAUCAAGGGGAGGGAACAGGGGCAAUUUCUGUGGGCCACACUGUCCAAGUGGAAGCAAUGUCAGGCAUGAACACUCGGAGUGUGCAGCGUGCAUUAAAUAGCAUCAUGGGACCUACUGCAGAGGCCAUGGCAAACGGAUUGCAAGAGCCAGCAAUGCGCAUUGGGGCAGAGUUCCAAGUUGCCAUUCCAGACAUGUCUGAGUUCCAUUCCACCACUGACCCCGAUUCCAUGUCGCAGGGAUCCGGUUCCAUUCUUGUGUGGACUCCGAACCCAAACCUCAAGACAGAAUAUUUGGAUGGUUAUCUGAAAGUUGCCAAGGAACAAUUUGGUUACGGAAUGGAGCAAGCACUGGGUCUGCUGUAUUGGCACAAAUACAACAUUGAGAAGGCGGUUGAAGAUCUGUCCAAUUUCUGCCCCAUACAAGAGGAGUGGAAUAUGGAAGAUAAGGUCACGUUUGAACAGGCUUUCCAGUACCACGGCAAGAACUUCCAGAGAAUAAGAACCAUGCUCCCGGAGAAGCCAAUUAGUGGUCUGGUUAAGUACUACUAUCUGUGGAAGAGAAGCUAUUCCCAGUACAGUCUCAUGGACAAACAUGCCAAGAAGAACGGCCGGCGCAUUGUCAGCUCAGGUCAACUGCCCAACAAUGACGAUGCGGACAGCACAGGAAGUUGGUCGACCAAUGACACUCUACCAUUUUCCCAGCCCACCACAGUGCUGCUCUCCAGUAAAGGAAAACAACUGCCUAGAGGCAUUCACCUGCAUACUACUGAGCUGGUGGCGGUGUCUAGCGAUGUGGAGAGAGGGGCAGAUAAGACAGCUGGACAAAGAGAUCAAGAACUUGAAAGAAAGGAUCCAGACCUGCAAGCAGUCGGUGAGCGGGAAAGUCAGUCCAGACAACGUCGAGCACCUUCGUCCCCAAGAGUAUUCGAGGAAGAUGCCAUUAGGGGAAGCACCAGGUGGAGCAGGAGGUGGUGGUGGUGGAUCUGGGACUUGCAAAUGGAGCGAGGAAGAGAUCGAGAUUGCUCUGGACGUGGUUAGGAAGAACGGCAAAAACUACGAGGCUUUGGCCAACUCUCUGGAUGACAAGACGGUGGCCCAGUGCCGCAACUUCUUCACCAAUUACAAGAGAAAACUCAAUUUGCCCCGCAUCAUUGCCGAAUAUGAGACAAGAACUGGUAGGAAACACUCUCGCUACGUCAGAGGAGCAACUGACUACAUCAAUGACGACCAGGGACCUCUCGGAGACGACCAAGAAGAGGGGAUGUUACCACGGAUGGGCAGGAUGGGCGGAGGUCACGAUCCUCAGCCAAAGAGGAUAAGACUCAUGUGCGGUAGCAUGAUGGACUAGCUUCCUACAACAUACAUUCUCCACGUGAAGAAAUGUCACGAUUCUUCGCUAGAACUUUCCUUCACAAUUGAUCUCUUUUCACAAUCCACUGUUUCCCUGUGUUAAUGUUUUCAUUGCUUUUUCUCAUUAUACUUGAAGGUCAUUAUCACAAUUAACACAUCCUGAAAAUUUAGACCUGUUACCAACACAGCUGUUUCGUUUGAUGGUUGUUCAUCGUUUUUCACAAUGCAGUUAAUUUUCAUCAUUAUAACAUGCUGUUUACUUGGGCAAAAUAAUUUCCAAGUGCUAAAAAGUAAUACACAAUUAAUACACUGCAAAAUAUGACGUAGUGGCGAUGUAAUCUUAAUUAAGUCUCUGGUGUUUCAGGUUUAGCAGGAGUUUCAGGUUUAACAGGAGUUUCAGGUUUGGCAGGAGUUUCAGGUUUAACAGGAAUUUCAGGUUUAGCGGUCAGUCUAGUUUUCGUCUUCACUGGUUGGCAGAGUAGGUCAGCUCUGAGGAGAGUGUUCAAGAGUGGGCAAGAGAAACAAUGGUGGGAGAGAAAGAGGUAUAAUAAGACUAGGCAGAGAAACAAAGAUGGAAGUACAUCCUCUGUAAAAGGACCCUCGAUAGAAGGACAGAAAACUAUUACUUUCUCUGUUAAAAAGUAGUGAACUACUUGUCUUUGCCCCAUACUAUAUACCUCUGAGGAAGGGACUCCUCUGAAUAAAGGACAUUUUACAAUCUCCCCCGGGUGCCCUUAUUUAGAGAUAUCACCGUUGUUUAGUAAAGAGCCAGAAAUUGGUGACAUUAUAAGUAUAAUGGAGGGAGUUAUAAACUAUGGAGAGGGAGUGUAAAGGUCUACACUCCCUCUGCUGAAGGUGGAAAGAGAAAGGGGUCUGAGAAAAGAGAGAGAGGGAGGGAGGGAGGGAGGGAGAGAGAGGAGUUUACAUUCUCUGCUGGAGGUGGAAAGGGAGGAGAUAGAGUUGUGCAUGGGCCUUAAUCAGAGCAAUGAUACACAGCUGCUCCAGAGUUGGAA